UGGAAUCGGUUCUGUACUAUAAGUUUUAUAGACAUCACACUGAGAAAUAAGGCAAGGUUUCACAGAGCAUCUGGUUGAGUCUAAAAGUGUGGAAAAAGACUGGCUCCAAACAAAAACAGUUAUGCAUGUGGGAAUUUUAACUUUCAUAAAGCCUGUGGGUGUGCAAACUGUGACACAUUCAACAUUUUCAAUAAUGCAUUUACGGGAUUCAUUUAUUUAUACUUAGUGAACUGAGUGUGCUGAAUUAAAAAACACUUUUAUGCCCUUUUUUUUUUUUUAGUCCACAUUCAUUCCAUGUUAAGUUCAGAGUACAGAUACAACAAAAUAUUUGGUGCACUAAACAGACACAGAUUGCAACAGACAUUAAAAUAUAUAAAAUAAGGCAUUUAUAGGACCUUGGUAAAGUAUGUAUGCAGAAAUAAUAUUUAAAACAAUUUAGUGUGGCUGCCUCACAGUUCAAUGAUCCUGAGGUACAGAGCGAAGUUCUGAGUUUGGAUUAUUGUCUUUGUAGGUUCUCCACUAAUCUGCAUGCAUUUUCUCCAAGUGCUCCAGUUUCCUACUACUGUAUGAUUAAUGCUUUUAACUUCUGUGUUAAAAUAUAUAAUGUUACUUUCAGUAUUAUCGCAAUAACAUUGUAAUAAUACGCUUGGCAGUAAUAGUUAUUGACAUUGGAAUAUAAAAGCAGUGCAUAGAUGUAAGCAGAAUAUGAGUUGGAGGAUACAUUUAUUACAAUCUCCUUGCCACUUCAAAAUAAUUUGGUACCCCAUCCAAGUUAUCUGGUGUGAGGUGUUUGUGGAAUCACCUUGAGCUUAGUAAUGCUUGUUAUUUUGCUGGAAUUGCAACUGUUAGAAAACUAAAAAAAAAACUGUGAACAUUGUGGUUCAGAAGAACAAGAGAAGUUCAUUGUCAGCAACAUGACUCAGGUAUGCCACAUAAUAAUAUUAUGAUCAUGAAGAGCUUUCAUUGGUCCCAACAUACCCAAUGCCAUUAAACCACCAUCUACAGCUUUAACUUAUAACAUAAAGCAGGAUAGUUUAGGCCAAAUUCUGACCAUACUGUUUUGUAGAUAAAAAUCAAAUACAUUUCAGACUAAGAAAUGCAUGAUUAAAUAAAGACAAAAUACACUAUCCAUAGACACCUGGCCAUUACAGCAACAUGUAGGUCUUUUCCAAACUGCUGUCAUACAGUUAUAUGCACACAAUUGUCAAGAACGUCUUUGCAUGUUGUUGCAUUAUGCAAAUUUUUACUUUACUGGACCUAAGAGGCUCAGAGAUGCCUGACAGCAUCUCUCUGCACAAAGCAAGCUCUAUAAAGUCUUUUGCAAAUAGUGAUUUCUUUCUGUGGAAAAGCUAGAAUUUCCUGGACAGAACCCUGACCUGAACACCUCUGAGAUGACCUGGAACAACAUACACUUCAAACCUUCUCACAAAACAACUGUGCCCGGCUCACUAAUUCUCCUCUGACUUAAUGGUCACAACUUCCUGCAGGCCUGUUCUAUAGUCUAGUGUAGCCUUUCCAAAAGAAUGGGGUUGUUUUUCUGAUAGAAAAACGGAGACAAAUCUGGAAUUCAAAAAGCAAAUGACCAAGGAGUGGUCAAGUGCUCAGUGACAGUUCUGUCAUUUUUUCUGGGUUUUUUUUUUUUUUCAGCUGGUUCUCCAUACAAAAAUAUAUAGUAGGUUAUGCCUGCAAAAUGUGGUAGGUCUGUGGUUAAGGUUCUGGGUUACUGAUCAGAAGCUUGAGGUUUCAAAGUCCCAGUGUCACCAAGCUGCCACUUCUGGGCACUUUAGCAAGGCAAUUAACCCUUCAUGCUCCAGGAGCACUGUAUCAUGGCUGACCAUGCUCUCUGACCCCAGCUUCCUAACAUUGCUGGGAUAUGUGAAGAAAUAAUUUUACUGUAACAUAUAUGUGUGUGAUCAAUUAAAAGCCCAUUUACCCCUUUACCUUUACCAUUCUGUCCUGAUCAGUGCAAUUCAUGGAAGAAUUAGAGUUAUGUCUCCCACUAGCGGUCGUGUAGAGCAUCACAACAACAACCAUAGUCGACUACUCAUUUCUGUAGAACACUAUUGUGGUCGUGUUUUUAGUCAAGAGUAUUUGUUUUCCUAUACAAUGAUUCGGCACAGACAUUCAUUCCUAGAAUGCAUGUAAUCUGCUGAGUAGCUGUCAUUCUCUCAUUCAUCCCUACCUGCUAAAAAUUCUAUAGCACAUGUAGGGAAAAUCACUCAAACAACAAGAUUCAUAAUUAUGCUGCCAUUUUGUAUCCCGUAACAGCCUGGUUCUGUAUAUCAUGCAUUUCAAACAUUAAACAUGAAAUAUUAUCAAUGGUUGUCUCGAUUUGUAACGUGACCUCUUUAGGAAGCAGUGUGCUAAAGACUAUUAUUUGCAGUACAUAUUAUAACACGUUAUUAUGGAUGCUGAUACAGGUCCAGGGUGUUCUGGAAAUGCUAUAAAUAAAUAAAUAAAUAAAACACCAGAUUAUGGCUUUGUUUAUUAUAUGCUUUAAAGCGAGAGAAAAAAAAUGGGGGGGAAACAUGGAAAAUCUAAAACACGAAAUGCCCUCCCGGCCGCAGUGCGCAUGCGCAGCCCCUCCGCCUGGCCGCAGCAGCAGCAGCACCGUCCGUGGCGGCAGCCGCCGUGCUGUUGUGCUGCAGUGGAACAGUCGCCUUUUUUUAUUAUUUAUUUAUUUCUCUAUAUUUUUGAUUCGAAUUUCCGCUCUCUCUCUUACUCUUUGUUUCCGUUGUUUUUUUUCCUCGUUAGCUCUUUAUGCUUUUUUUGGGGGGGGGGAACAAGCCAAGCAUCCGGGUCAUGAGACGCUCCUUCCGUGCAAGAAAAGCCUGAUUUCGGACGAAACGGGCCCGGAGUGUGCUGCUCGGAUCGCGGGUAUCUCGCUGGAGGUCUCCGAUGAGGCCUUCAUGUUAAAGCUGGUAUCCCCUUCUCCUCCUUCUCCUCCAACACUACUACCCCUAACACCUCCUCCACCACCACCACCUCCUCCUCCUCCCUCCUGCAACAAUCUAAUCGUGAUGGCCGAUGAUCAACAACAGCAGCAGCAGCAGCCGGGUCCGCUGCAGCAGGGUGCUCUGUCCGGUCCGACGUGUCUCCCCGGCGCGCUGUCCGGGCUGCAGGGCGCCGAGGCCACCGCGCUGCAAUACGACAAGAUCAAGAACUCGAUCUGCAAAUCUGUACAAUCAAAAGUGGACAGCAUUUUGCAAGAUGUUGAGAAGUUUACAGACAUUGAAAAACUCUACCUCUACCUUAAGUUGCCUUCUGGUCCCAGCAGCGGUAAUGACAAAAGGACUGAAAAUCAGAGGGGGUCUACGAGUCCUGCAACAUGUGACCAGAAUUCCAUGUCAUCAAGUCGGACCCAACAGAUGUACGCUUUCAAUUGGAUUCGGAAUCACUUAGAGGAGCAUCCAGAGACCUCACUGCCAAAACAAGAGGUGUAUGAUGAGUACAAGAGCUAUUGUGACAAUCUUGGCUACCACCCUCUAAGUGCUGCUGAUUUUGGGAAGAUCAUGAAAAAUGUUUUUCCAAAUAUGAAAGCACGUCGCCUUGGAAUGCGAGGAAAAUCUAAAUACUGUUAUAGUGGACUGAGGAAAAAGGCUUUUGUGCAUAUGCCAUCUUUGCCCAACUUGGACUUGCAUAAAACAGGAGAUGGGUGUGAGCUGUUGGAGCCAACCGGUCAGUCACCAAGUGCUGAAGAUGAGAUGCGUUCUGCAGCCUGUGGUUUAGUGUGUGAAUGGGCACAAAAAGUUCUGAGUCGCCAGUUUGACAGCGUGGAGGAUUUAGCGCGUUUUCUUCUCAACAGCCACUACAUUGGCACUAAAUCCAUGGCUGCACUAACUGUUAUGACUGGAACCCCAACAGGCGUUAAAACACCGACCCCGGCCUCUGCGUUUGUGCCAACUGGUGACACCAACUCUUUCCAGCCCCAAAUGAAGACUCUCCCUUCACCCUCUGUUGACACCAAACAGCAGCUACAGCGAAAGAUUCAAAAGAAACAGCAAGAACAGAAACUUACUUCUCCAUUGCCAGGUGAAUCUCAGGCCAGAAGAGCUGAACCUGGCACACCAGGCCCUGGGUGUAGUAUCACAUCUGGAAGUCCAGCUUUGCUGUCCUCACAGCCUGCAAUAGGCAUUGUGGUGGCUGCAGUACCAAGUCCUAUUACGGUGCAGAGGAACAGACAACUGAUGACUUCUCCGAGUCCGGUCGCGGCAACAGAGGGAAAAGUUUUACCUGUGAAUUUCCAAGUUGUAGCCCAGCCUGUUAAGCAGUCUCCUAAAACUCCGCAGAACGUUCCAGCAAGUCCUGUUGGUGACAGGCUAGCCAGACAAAGAUAUGCCCAGAUUCUCCCCAAACCCUCUGCUACAAGCGGCAUAACUCUUCGUUCUCCGCCAACACUCCUUAUUACUAACAGCCCUAUAAAAACAGUAAUGCCCACUUCCCACGUCAGCUCAGUUAAUGUCGUCAAGAUGACCGCCAUAUCGUUGACGCAUAACAAUAGUGGUGGUAGCAACACUCCAACACCAUUAAGACCUGCUUCAGCUGGUAUCAGUAGCACAGUUUCCCAGGAAGAGUCCAAUCAAAAUCUGCAAGCUCAGAAUGGCAGCUCGGUUACUCUGCAUUCAUCUGGAGCUGGACGAAUUGGCCGCCUUGCCUCAACCCCAGUUUCCAUUUGCUCCAUUAGUGAAAUCAAGGUAACAUCUGAAGCUGUGAAUGAUAGUAACUCAUCUGCUGGUGCAGAAAAGCAGAGCACUGCACUAGGGAACAAUAUUGGGCAGAAGAACGAGAGGGCCACUAAAUAUAGGGCUUCCAGUGAACCUUCUCUUCUUGUCAAGGCAUCCCCAGUGCCUGAAAGAGUUACUAGAGCCAAAAGUGACUCUGCAACACCUCCAAGUACAAUCAUAGGGGCAGCUGUCCCAAUUAGCAAUAACAGCAGUGAUCAUCAGGAGAGUACGUUGUAUCUGACUGUUAUGAAUCAGAAUGCUGACAUUCGAUCCAGUGAUACAGCAUCCCCAACUGGCCAGUCACCAAAAGAUGUUGGUCUUGGUUUGAAAAGUCCUCGAAAGCGAUCUGCUUCUGUUUUGGAGUCGCAUGCUAUCCCAGUAAAGAGGGUGUUUAUAUCCCAGCAGUCUUUGGAUGCCAGUAACAGUAUUAGACCUAGUCUUGUAAUAGCCACAAAGAGGAUACAAAGGCCAGGUACUCCUGCAAGACCGGAGAGUGCUCCAUGUAAAGUCACCCUCAAACAGAACUCUCUUCCGACUCAAAUCCUGGCACUUUCUGACAUCCCCAUUGGACACACUUCUCAGACUAUAGUACACUCCCAGAGCUCUUCGCAGAUGACACACAGAGCCAUCUCUGCUGGAAUAAGCCCUAAUGAUAUCGGUUCUUGUAAUAGCACAUCGUCUGAUCAAAAUUUAUUGCAACAAAUUGUGAGCCAGCAACAAGUUACCAUUGCCAUUUCUCAGGAGGCAUCUGCUGUUAAUGAGCUGAAGAGCUCAUUACAAGACUACUCUCAACAAAUACAGGCAGAACAAAAGCAGGUAAAUGCUAGUCACUUGUCAUUAAUUUCCCAGCCUCCUGAAGCUUCUGCUCAGUUGACUCUCCAGCAGGACAUUGUUGACUUUGAUGGAGCUCAAGCCACAAUAGACUAUUUCCCCUUCAAUGAUGAUGACAUGACCCAAGAUAGUAUAGUUGAAGAGUUAGUGCAGAUGGAGGAGCAAAUGAAGCUGAAUAGCAGUCUACAACCUUACCUUAGUUCUCUUGACAUACCCUUACAAGGCCAGUCAGCUCAAAGCACCAUCCUUUCCUCUCACCAGACUGGCACUCAGUUCUACCACUCUGCACAUAGUAGCACCACUCCAGUGCAUACUCCCACCCCCACACCAACUCCAACACCGACUCCGACUCCAACCCCUACGUCUGAAAUUUUGCCGGGGGGCCACAGCUUGACCAGGGAAAGUCCUUGCUGUAGAGUGGCACCUAUUACCCCAGUUGAAGGCAUUUUAGGUGGUCGACAUACACCUAUUAGCACUCCACUGUCCAACUGCAGCAGUAGUGUCCCACCAAGUCCUGUUGAAUGUCGUAAUCCUUUUGCAUUUACUCCUAUUAACUCCAACAUACCAGGGUACCAUGAUGGCAGUGUAGUGUCUAGUAGUCCAGUCAAGCCCAUGCAGAGACCAAUGGCCACUCACCCAGACAAGGCCAAGCUAGAUUGGAUCAAUAAUAGAUAUAAUAGCACUUCAGGUUCCCCAUCAGUUUCAAACAGUAAUGCCAUUGGAAUCCUUCCAAGCUAUCAGGACAUGGUGGAGGACCCCUUUCGCAAACCACAUGCAUUUGCUAAACCAGGGCAGUCUUUUCAGUCUCAGUCCAGGCACCAGGAUGGGCAUUUGGGUCGAUUAACUACGGUGUCUCCCGUUCAACAAGGACAGCAGGCAGUGGAGAACAAGCAAGAGAGUUUUGCUGUGCCUGCACCAUUAGAAAACAAAGUUACAGCUUGUACAUCUGGGAAUGGAGGUGGAAACUUUAGGUGUCGCAGUGUGAGCCCCGCUGUUCGUCAGCGCAAUCUAAGUGGUACAUCUGUGCAAACCAACCUUCCUCCAAGGUCUGCUCUUUCACCAUUUAAUUCUCCCAUAACUUCAGAGGUUCUUAGUAUUCUUUCCAACAGUCAUUCGGUGGUCACUGCCAACAGCAUGGCCCAAAGGAGCCAGUCAGUACCACUAAGCAUCAUGAUGCAGUCUGAGAUGUUGCCGAUUGGCCAACAGGGACAGCAGAGUAACAGUGCAAAGAUCACAAGUGUGCUCCUCAGCAAAAUGGAUGCAGAUGGGGAUGAUACAGUACGUGGGCUGGGUGUCAAUAAUAUUCCCUCUAAGUAUACAGCCCGGAUGAACCUGACACAGAUCUUGGAGACUACACAGGCCUUCCCAGAAGGCACAAACCAUCAUGGUCAACAGCUUUCUGUCUGCUCAAGCCCUUCACAGUUUGACUUCCAGAAGCCUGGUUUCCUUAUAAGCACGGGAGAUGAAUCAAUUACUUUUUCUAGUGAUGACCAAGCACAAUCAGGCUCUGUGCUACAACAAGAGCAGCACCUUCAACUACAGGAUCAACAGUUGGAAUUACAUGAUCAACAACUGUUGCAAGAUCAGCAGUUGCAACUUCAGGAACCACCAUUGCAACUCCAGGACCAACAGUUAGAAUUACAAGACCAACAUUUACAACUGCAACACCAACGACUGCAGCUACAAGACCAACAGCAGCUACAACAUGAUCCAGACCUCAGCCAGCAGCAGUUGCUGUCUCAAACCUCACAACAAGAUGAGGAACAACAGCAGCAGGAGCAACUGGACUUUAACAGCACUGUCAAGGAUCUUUUGGGGGAGGAUGGCCUCAAUCCCAGCUCACAACUGGUUGGGCAGGUGGCAUCAGAACUUAGUGCAGUAGCAUCAGACUUUUCUAGCGAAAUCCGUUUAACCUCUGACCUUUCUGGUAGCAUCAAUGACCUGAACACUUUGGAUCCCAAUCUUUUGUUUGAUCCAAGUCAGCAACAGGACCAAUAUGAAGACGCCACACUGGAGGAGCUGAAGAACGACCCGUUGUUUCAGCAGAUAUGCAGUGACACUGUGAAUUCUGCUGGAUUUGACUGGUUGGAGAACAAAGACCAACCAACAGUGGAAAUGUUGGGUUAGUAUUGUUUCCUUUUGUGUUUAUGUUGUGGUUGUUGCUGUUUGUCACUAUUUAUGGCUUCUUUUCAUUGUUUUUUUGUUUUUUUUUAUGACUGUCAUCUUUAUGUUUUUUUAAUGUGAUCUGUCCACUGCAUCAAGACACUGGAUACAUCAGUCAGCCAGUGGGACGUGCCAGUCUGACCUGAAGUGUUCAUUUAUAGGAACGUUUGUGUUAUAAAUCCAGUUCAUUGUAGUUUUCUCAUCCUGACAUUUCUGUCUAUAGUUUACAAUUUUUUUUCUUAUGGCAUUGAGUCAGUUGGCCUCAAUGUGCAUAAUUAUCUUUUUCAUUAUUAUAAUACAAGUUUCAUACAUUUUACAAUUUGUAGCAGGUAUUAUCCUGUUCCCAUGAAUCAUAAGUCAUGUGAAACUAAAAUGCAAUAUUUUGCAUGGUCAAUCACUGAGUUUUUCAACGUCUUGCAUAUGCAUUGUGUUUGACUUUGCAAGUAUGUUGGAAAGUUUCGUCGCUAAAAGGUGCACUUAAUUUACGUCAUCACGAGUGAAGUUUGCCAUCACUUUCGCAUAUCUUAACUGUCAGUCAAAUUAAAAGAUUUACGUAGGUGCUAACAGGUGCUCAAUAAAAGUGACUGGCAUCUGCCACAUCAUUUUCAGUAAUUAUGUUGUGUCUAAUAAAUAUAAAAUGAGAUAUAAUAAUAGGCCAUAAUAUUGAUGUACUGUUAAAUAGAAGGGUAAUGAAGAGGAUAAUUUUUUUUUAAAGCUGUAUCUACAUUUUAAAAAGUGAAUAUUACACAAGGGAGAGUAAUCUGCCUUAUAUCCAAAAUCCUAGGUCUUUUGGCUUAGGUUUUAAGGUGCAGAAAGAUUUUUAAAGGCCUUGCUGCAUUUCCCAAAAAAAAAAAAAGAAACUUGACAUUUUGUAAUUGUGAAUUAUUGAUGUGGUUACAAACACACCUUAGAGUUAGCAUAUUUUAGCAUUCCAUUUUAGCAUUCCAUUUUUUCUUCACAUUUUGUUCCAGGUAAAAGCAAACUAAAUGCUGAUAGGAAGAGUAUGGUGAUGGCCACGUGCAAUCUGAGGCCAUGUUCAUGUGUGAUUACACGUCCAACCGACUAGGUGUUCAUUGAAUUGCAAUUUGAAAUCCAUACCAAAGAACAGCUUUUGGAGGAAAAAAAAGUGGUUGAGAUAUAUUUGAGAUAUGAGUUAUAUUCAUCUCCAAAUUAACAUAAUUUUCAUUAAGUAAUCUGGUUGGACUUGGUGAAUAAAACAGGGUUUUAUGGUACUUGAUUUUCAGGUGGGAUCAUAUUUGUGUAUAGUAUGUAUAUGGAAAAUGUAUCUGAUGUACAGGUAAAUAUGGAUGGUAAGCAUGUUGUCCAAAGUCAUUAAUGGAUUCAUAAAAAGCUAAAUUUGGCUAACUGUAGUCACUAUAUUAAUGCCCCAUAUGUAAAAACGACAUCGUUUUAUCAAUACACUGUCUUAAGGUGAUUUUAGAUAGGUCUGAGUACCCAUGAGGAAACAAAAGAAAAAAAAAUAUUACAUUGCUCAUAUUAAAACUAUAGCCAGCACGAUACGCUGUAUGUUAUGUUUUUUGGCUUUCUGUGUAGUGCAAGUCUGUUUGGUCUCUAGCUUGAUGUGCCAUUUUCCUUAGAGAGUCUGUUGGUCUCUGCUUUGCAGAUGUGGUGUGUACAUUAAGAGAGAGGAAAAGAAGCAUCGUUUAUAUAUGAAAAAAAGAAAAGCAGAAUUAUCAUAUAUCAAAUGCUAAUUGUGACAGUCAAAUUGAUUGCACAGAAGAAGAAAAAAAACCUGGAGUGGUAGGCACUGGAAAUUCAAUGGUUUAUGAUUCAGCAAACUUGGGAAGUUCACUUUAUUGCACUAAAGAUUUUCCUUUUUUUUUUUUUUUUGUAACCAUGCCUUUGUGAGAAAUGUUUAGGACAAAAUGGAACAAUUGAAGCGAGCAAAAAGCAGAAUUUUUUAUUUCAAAGGUAAAUUACAAAAGGGGAAUUACAUAUGACAUGGAAAAUUACAAUGAAUUAUUGCCUUGUGUAGCAAUGUGCACUAAUCUCAAUGAGAUACACAUUUUACUCAUUCUCAUCCAUGAGAAUAAGAAACGAUGAAAGCAAACAAAAUUUUAGCUUAUUAAAAAAAAAAAAAAAAGUGAAUAAAAGAGAACAUACUUCACUAUGUUAUUCAAUGACUGUAUGUGUGCAUGUAUGUUGAACUAUCUAUUGUAGUACAUGUUGUGACCACUCCCUCUACAAAAAAGGGACUGGUUGUGUUGACCAGAGGAAAAAAGAAAAAAGUAGUGUUCUUUUGAAUAAAAACUUGUGUGUUUGCUAAGUUAAUAUUGUUCUAUAUGUUUUAGUUCACAGAUAUGUUUUUUUUCUUUCAUACAUUCUAAAUUUGUUUGAUUUUUUUUUUUUUUUUUUUACAAAAAAAUGCCUUUGUGAAGAAACUGUAAAUAUUUUUUCUAUGUUCUGACAUUUAUCAAGGCACUGAUUAUUUACUUUUUUUAUUUCACGAAGGAAAAAUCGAAGCCUUUUUUAUACACAGGCGUUUCAUCAAACAUUUGAGUCUAAUGCUGUAUUUCUGACUGGUCUGUCUAUUUGAAACAGUAGAAACUUUCUCUGUGCUGUUGUCUGGUGUACUGCUCAAUGUACAGUAGCUUGUUAAUAUUGCUGAAGCAUUUUAGCAAUGUUUCUUUCUCUUUUUUUCAAUGGAAAGUACUCACAGGUGAGAUUUUCUAAGUGGUUUUAAAAGCCAAUAAAGAUUUUUUAAUAAUCACUGUA